UCACAACCAUAGAGUGUAUACAGACAGACAAACGCCUUUACGGAAGAUAUGAUGUUAGUUACUGCAGGAGCAGCCUGAGAUUUUGCAGCAGUCAUGUUUGAUUUAAAGGGUGGGUGGAAUCUCUCGUUCGCUGGAUGCGGGUUUUUAGGGAUCUAUCACAUCGGUGUCGCGAGCUGUCUCCUGGAGCAAGCACCGAAUCUCAUCCGCGGGGCUACCAAGAUCUACGGAGCCUCCGCGGGGGCUCUCACUGCGUCCGUGCUCUCUACCGAGGCAUGUUUAGAGAAGUGUUGUGAAGACGUCAUCAAUGUUGCCAAGGAGGCACGGAAGCGUAAUCUGGGCCCUUUGCACCCAACAUUCAACAUAGUCAAGGUGAUACGUGGAGGCUUGUAUCGCGACCUGCCAUCCAAUGCACACACGUUGGCCUCUGGUCGACUGUGUGUGUCCCUCACACGCGUCAUGGACGGGCAAAACGUUCUGGUGUCAGACUUCAGCUCCAAAGACGAACUCAUCCAGGCUCUUAUUUGCAGCUGUUUCAUUCCUGUAUAUUGUGGUUUAAUCCCUCCUGCCUUCCGUGGUGUGCGUUAUGUGGAUGGUGGGAUCAGUGAUAAUCUUCCCCAGUCUGAGAUGAAGAACACCAUCACCGUUUCUCCAUUCUCAGGAGAGAGUGACAUCUGUCCAAAAGACAAUUCCACCAGCUUCCACGAACUGCGUUUCACAAACACCAGCAUACAAGUCAAUCUAGACAACAUGUACAGACUGAGCAAAGCUUUGUUUCCCCCAGAGCCUAAAGUGCUGGCAGAAAUGUGUCAAAGUGGAUAUAAAGACGCCCUCCGAUUUCUCCAGGAAAACAAUUUGCUACAGGCGGCAUGUCCAAGAGCAGACAUGGCUCUGAUUCAGACCACGCCCACCUGCUGCUGCCCAGGCAAUAGGAAUCCAGUCGUGAUGGAAACCAGAAAAGAGUGGGUGCUGCGGAGACUCCGCCUCUUGAGAAAACACCACUGGUGGUUGGACGAGCAGCUUGUCAAUAACCUGCCAACCCCCAUUAAGAAAGUUUUUUGCGACGCCUGCAGAGAAAAGCACGGUCUACUGGCUCAGGUGACUGGUUUGCUGCCACUGCGUGUGGCGUCCUACAUGCUGAUGCCGUACACGCUGCCAGUGGAGUCAGUGUACUCUGCAGCUCAGAGGUUUUGGGAAUGGAUCCCAGAAGUCCCUGCAGAUGUGCGCUGGCUUGCUGAGGUAGCAGGCGGUGUUUAUAGACAGACAUGGAAAGGUGCAGCGUCAGAGACGAGCUGCGGCGCCCCCUUGAGAAGAUGUGUGAGUGAGCCGCCAGUGGUAGAUUUACAGAUGCCUGUCACAAACUACAAUGGACACAUACCUCAUUCUGCCAGCAACCUUGAUAGUUACAACUGGACUUUUCCGGGUGACUUCAAUGCAGCUGCUUCUGUCGACUCACCGGACAGUCCUAUCGACACCAGCACCUCCCCAAGGCAGAUGUGCUUUUUUGGUGGCUCACAAAGUAAUCAUGAGAAGCAAAUGGACCAAUGCAGGACCUUUUCGGCUUAGCACAAUAUAUACUGUGCCUGAUUGCCCUGGUCGUACAUGUCAUGCUGCAAAUGAUCUGUUGUGUCAGCCUGUACCUUGUGUUUUGCUGAUGUGGACACUGAUUGUAUGUUAGAGUUUACUUUACAAUUGGUGCUAAUACUUCUCUGAGACCUCAAAAUACUUGACAUGAGCCAUACAAGUUAAUGCCACGAAGGUGUACAAUCAAAUAAAGAGUCUGAGCCCAUGAAACUUGCUUUUGAUUUCAUAUAACAUGCUUUAUAGAGAAUGUUUGUCAUCCAUUCACACCCCAUCACAGCACUUCCUUGGCAAAUA